AAGAAGGCGCCCUGAACAAUGGCGGACACAGGUGAAACUUGACAUUUUGUCAGACGCUGAGGAGAACAUUGGGGAAAAGGACAAUGGUAAAAAAGCUGUGUGUUUGCUCGUGCUUGGCAUGGCCGGAUCUGGAAAAACGACCUUCGUGCAGAGGUUGACAGCUCAUCUUCACGCUCUUAAAAGCCCUCCGUACCUCAUCAACCUGUACCCUGCUGUACACAACAUUCCCUUCCCUGCAAGCAUUGACAUCCGAGACACGGUGAACUACAAAGAGGUGAUGAAGCAGUACGGCCUGGGACCCAAUGGCGCCAUUGUCACCUCGCUCAACCUCUUUGCAACGCGCUUUGGUCAGGUGAUGCAUUUCAUAGAGAAGCAGCAGAACAAUUAUAGUUAUGUCCUUAUUGAUACUCCAGGUCAGAUUGAAGUGUUCACGUGGUCUGCAUCAGGCAGCAUAAUCACAGAAGCUCUGGCGUCAUCCUACCCGUGUGUGGUGGUCUAUGUCAUGGACACGCCUCGCAGCGUCAAUCCUGUUACCUUCAUGUCCAACAUGUUGUACGCCUGCAGUAUUCUCUACAAGACUAAACUACCCUUCAUUGUAGUCAUGAACAAAACUGACAUCAUUCAGGAAAACUUCGCCAUGGAGUGGAUGAAUGACUUUGAGGCUUUCCAGGACGCGUUGAACCAGGAAAGGUCGUAUGUGAGCAACCUGAUGCGCUCCAUGAGUCUGGUCCUGGACAAGUUCUACACCAACCUGAGGGUGGUGGGUGUGUCUUCCAUGACAGGCAGCGGAUUUGAUGAGGCGCUCAUAAAGAUGCAGGAUGCUGCUGAAGAGUAUGACAGGGAUUAUCGACCAGAAUACAAACAACUAUGCAAGCAACAGAUGGAGGCUAAAAGUCAAAAGCAGCAAGAGCAGCUGCAGCGAGUCAGCAAGGAUCUUGGCAGUGUUUCCAUGACGCCGGCCUCUGUUGCAGAAAAAGCUAACCUGGGCGGGCCCAGUGAUCUCAUCAGGACUCGCGGCAUACGUGACUCAGAAAAUGACACCGAUGACACCGCAGAUAGCACCACGAACCACAACCAAGUGGAGGAGAGCAAAGAGAAGGACAUCUUUGGUCAUUUCCUGCAAGUGAGGAGAGAGGUGGCCGAGGUCCGAAAUCAGAAGGGUAGCUUGGCAGAAGGUUGAUGUCCUUGAUGUCUAUGCGCUUUGGAACAAACAAGCAAAACACAAACUUUCCUUUCUUCUUAAGAAAGCAAAAAACCAAAUCUUUCUUUUUAUGUUUUAUAUUUGUUCUUGGCGGCGCGGUGAACGACUGGUUAGAGCUUCAGCUUCACAGUUCUGAGGACCCGGGUUCAAUCCCCGGCCCAGCCUGUGGAGUUUGCAAUUUCUCCCCGUGCCUGCGUGGGCUUUCUCCGGGCACUCCGGUUUCCUCCCACAUCCCAAAAACAUGCAUUAAUUGGAGACUCUAAAUUGCCCGUAGGUGUGAAUGUGAGUGCGAAUGGUUGUUUGUUUGUAUGUGCCCUGCGAUUGGCUGGCAACCAGUUUGGGGUGUACCCCGUCUCCUGCCCGAUGACAGCUGGGAUAGGCUCCAGCACGCCCGCGACCCUAGUGAGGAGUAGCGGCUCAGAAAAUGGAUGGAUGGACAUUUGUUCUUGUGGGCAGCAGGUGGAUAGCACAUCUGCCUCACAGUUCUGAGAUUGGGAUUUCAAAUUAGACUUUAUACCAAUCUGAUCGGCCUGAUCGGUAUCGGCCGAUAAUUAGCAUUUUAUGCUGAUCGGCUUUAAUGUCAUAAUUCUCCGAUCCGAUCCGCAAAAGACAUUACUCCGCUUCGCCAUCGUGUACAGUAUAUUUGAAUCCAAAAGCUAGUUUAUUUUUAGUCGCUAGUUUAUUUUUUUGUCACGUCUUUUGAUGUAGUACUGUAAAUAUCUGACCACCAAUAAUGUUAUUUUAAAAAACAUGUCGCCACUGCAUCCCGUUUUAACGACCACUGGGCUUCAUCUUGUCAACUCAAACGCGACUGGAUACACCCGUUACCAUGGCGACGACAACAAUAAUGUAUCGCACCGUGUGUUUAUAAGAACAACAUGGGGAAAAAGGUCUGUUGGUGGUAACCAGUGCUCGGGAGAGGACGUUCGUCUAAGGCCUGCUUGAGGUAUGUUUAUGUACUUUUAAUACGCUAAGGCUGGCAACAAAAUGUUAUGUAACCUAGCAAGCUAGUGUUAGCACUAACGGUUGUAAGCGAACAUGCAGGCGUUGUGUGGAAUCAGAUUUUUGGGGCUGAAGUACCGAUGAUGUUAUCGGCAGCCUUCACGAGUACCUAGUACCUUGAAAUAAGGCCAGUAUCAGCCUGAUACAGAUAACAUGUAUCGGUACUCGACCAUCCCAAGUAAGAAUGUACUUUAUUUAGCUGACAGCCGGAACAAUUACAACCUCAUGCACUGGAUGGCAGAAGAAACAACUGUGUAUUCACCUGUUGCCAUUCAUACAACAGAAAAUCAAUUGUAGCUAACUGAAUGGGCCCAGAUUUCACGCUAAAUAAAUUUGUGAGUAAACUGAGACUAAAUAAUCAUUAUUUCAGUCUUGAUAUCUCCUGUAAUCAUUUUGUUUUUUGGUGUGCUGUGAUUUGUUUUAUUUUUUAUUUUUAAUACGAGCCUUGAAUACUGCAUUAACUUACUAGUGGAGGAAGGGGCUUGUUUCUCGCCAAUAUCCACAGAUGAGCCUCGUCUUUUCCGCAUCAUCUAGUAGACAGAGACACAAAGUUUGCUACAUACAGUACAAAACCUGGCUAACAACAAACAAGCUAACAUGUUGUAUUCCAAACAACUCCUUUACAGUACACGGCAAAUGCACUGAAUGUCAAGUCAACGGCAGCAUCCCGUAACAUAGCUCUCAUCUGAGGGUGUCGAACUUGUGACAAAGUUCUGCUAUUGGCUUUAGAAAUCAUAUGAAAUA